GCAAAGCUCUCACCACUGUGGAAAAAGAGUGUAAGAAAAAAAGAAUGGCUCUGGAAGAAGCAAUAGAUGAAUACACUCAGGAUGGGACAGUGGAUCUGAAAGGGAACCCAGUCCUUAGAUCCAAGAGAGGUGGAUGGAAAGCUUGCUGGUUUGUCGUUGUGUAUGAGGUUUUUGAACGCAUGGCCUAUUAUGGUAUAUCCUCCAACCUGAUCGUAUAUUUAACAAAUAAGCUCCAUCAGGGCACGGUCACCUCUGCCAACAAUGUCACCAAUUGGGUUGGCACCAUUUGGAUUACUCCAAUCUUGGGUGCUUACAUUGCUGAUGCUCAUCUUGGCCGAUAUUGGACGUUUAUUAUCGCAUGCAUGAUUUAUCUCUCGGGAAUGAUACUAUUAACAUUGUCGGUUUCACUGAAUAGUCUAAAACCGCCUCCAUGCAAUGAAGUCAUCGUGGGAAACUGUAAGAAAGCAUCAACCUUACACCUUGCAGUGUUUUAUGGUGCACUAUAUACCUUGGCCGUGGGAACAGGAGGAACCAAGCCAAACAUCUCCACCAUUGGUGCAGACCAAUUUGAUGAGUUUAACCCCAAAGAGAAGGGUCAUAAGCUUUCCUUCUUCAAUUGGUGGAUGUUCAGUAUCUUCUUUGGGACCCUCUUUGCCAAUACAGUUCUUGUGUAUGUACAAGACAAUGUAGGAUGGACUUUAGGGUAUGGGCUUCCAACCCUUGGACUAGCAAUAUCUAUUGCCAUCUUUGUGGCUGGCACACCCUUCUAUAGACACAAGGUGCCCACAGGGAGUCCCUUCACAAGGAUGUCAAGGGUUGUAGUUGCAGCUAUAAGGAAAUGGAGGGUGACUAUCCCUAAUGAUAUUAAAGAGCUCUAUGAGCUUGAAUUGGAAGAGUAUGCAAAGAAAGGAAAGUACAGGAUUGAUUCCACACCAACUAUGAGCCUGCUUACCAAGGCAUCUGUGAAAACCGGCUCAACGAAUCCAUGGAUGCUGUGCACAGUUACACAAGUUGAGGAGACCAAACAAAUGCUACGAAUGAUUCCCAUCUUGGUUGCCACCUUUGUACCGAGCACAAUGGUUGCUCAGAUCAACACCCUUUUCGUCAAGCAAGGUACCACUCUUGAUAGAGCCAUGGGCAGCUUCAAAAUCCCCCCAGCAAGUUUAGCUGGAUUUGUAACCAUUUCCAUGCUUAUCUCUGUGGUGCUCUAUGACCGGUUCUUUGUCAGGAUUAUGCAAAAGUGGACUAAAAAUCCUAGAGGUAUCACUCUCCUUCAAAGAAUGGGAAUUGGGCUUGCCAUCCACAUUUUGAUAAUGGCAGUCGCAUCUCUAACUGAGAGAUAUAGACUAAGUGUGGCUAAGGAACAUGGGCUAGUUGAAAAUGGAGGACAAGUUCCUUUAACCAUAUUCAUUUUGCUCCCUCAGUUCGUGCUUAUGGGAACAGCAGAUGCAUUUUUAGAGGUUGCCAAGAUUGAGUUCUUCUAUGACCAGGCACCAGAAAGCAUGAAGAGUCUUGGGACUUCCUAUUCCAUGACUACCCUAGGAAUUGGAAACUUUCUGAGUAGUUUCCUUCUUUCAACAGUUUCCCACAUAACCAAGGAACAUGGUCACCAAGGAUGGAUUCUAAAUGAUCUGAAUGCUUCUCAUCUUGACUAUUAUUAUGCAUUUUUUGCGGUACUGAACUUCCUAAACUUUAUUUUCUUCUUGUUUGUAAUUAAGUACUAUGUGUAUAAGGCUGAAGUUUCGGAUUCUAUAAAAGUGCUUACAGAAGAAUUGAAGGGAAUGACAGAAAUUAGAGACUGAGGGAUGGAGAAUAAUAAAAAUCAUACAGAAGUCAAAGCUGAUAGUCUACUUUCUGAUAGUUCUAUUAAACAGCUAGCUAUCUUUGUGGACAGGCUAUUCCAUAUUUUAGAGUUCCUAUUGUUGUUAUAGCUUUCGGGUGAUGGUAGUUAAAGAUAGUGUAUUUCUGAUUUUCGUUUACCUGACUGGGGAGAAUUUAAUGUUCACACUUUGUUUAAUAGAAAGAAGAAUGAAAUACAGUUGUCCGAAUGACCACAAGUGUUUGUCUUGA